CCACCUGCCGGUAGCCCAGGAGAUGGAGCAGCCCAGCCCACGUGCCCAGCCUUCCGCCCCUGACUUCACUUGAUAACAAACCAGAAACUGAAACAGGGUCGGGAUGCCGGCUUGGAGUUAGAGAUGAGUCACUGCUGAGAGCAGCUGCAGUAGCUGACCAGUGGCAGCAGAGAGGCAGACGUGAGCUGAGGGCGCAGAGGCAGGCAGCAUCUCUGAGGGUCCCCAAGGAACAUGGCUGGGAGCCGUGAGGUGGUGGCCAUGGACUGCGAGAUGGUGGGGCUGGGGCCCCACCGGGAGAGUGGCCUGGCUCGUUGCAGCCUCGUGAACAUCCACGGUGCUGUGCUGUACGACAAAUUCAUCCGGCCUGAGGGAGAGAUCACCGAUUACAGAACCCGGGUCAGCGGGGUCACCCCUCAGCACAUGGUGGGGGCCACACCAUUUGCCGUGGCCAGGCUGGAGAUCCUGCAGCUCCUGAAAGGCAAGCUGGUGGUGGGUCAUGACCUGAAGCACGACUUCCAGGCACUGAAAGAGGACAUGAGCGGCUACACAAUCUAUGACACGUCCACCGACAUGCUGUUGUGGCGUGAGGCCAAGCUGGACCACUGCAGGCGUGUCUCCCUGCGGGUGCUGAGUGAACGCCUCCUGCACAAGAGCAUCCAGGUGAGAACCUCCUCGUCCUUCUCCUCCUCCCCCUCCUCCCCUUCCUCCUGCUCCUCCUCACUCAUCUCCAUUUCCUCCCCCCUCCUCCCUCUCCUCCUUCCCCUCCUCCUUGCCCUCCUCCACCUCCCCCUUUGCCCUCCUCCCCUUCCUCCUCCCCCUCCCCCACCUCCUCGCUCUUCUCUCCUUCUUCCCCUUCCUCCUCCCCCCCCUUCCUCCUCCUCCCUCAUGCCCUCGCACACCUCAGGGCAGCCUGCCUGAGGCAUUGAUGGUAGGUCCUGCUGUGCCUGGUCCCUGGCUGGUAGAGUGAGGAUGAGGGCAGGGAAGGGAAAACACCCAACAAAGGUUUGCUUUUGUUGUUGAAAUCAAGCCAGUUACCCUGUGGGAAGUGAAGCUCGUUCCCACCAUAGAACUCUGGGCAAUGAUGUAAAGCACACACCUCACCUCAGAUGUGUCUCACAGCAGCGGCCAGGAAACUGGGAUAUUUGUACACCAGUCCCCAUCAGCCACCAGCUGCUGCCGCUCCUGGGCACUGAUUCUGCAGCACUUCUGGCUGGUGGGCAAAGCAGGCAGGAAAAGGCAUGUGGAUAUGGGGGGUUGGGAGUUCACCCUGUGGGAAGGGCAGAGGGAGAGGGGCCAGACACUAAGAGCCAGGGCUGUACACAGGGACCCUUCAGGUCAACAGCUCUUUAUUAAACACCUGCUCCCUGCUCUAGGCCAGAUCCUAGAGACGCAGGGUGAGCAAGACCCGUCUCUGUCCCUGAGCUCUUGGUUGGUUGGGAGGUGGCCCUUAACCAGAUCAUCAGCACACAUGGUAAGGAGUGUCUGAUGGAGGGAAGGGCAGUGCCCUGGGAGCAGGGUGAAGGAUGGGGCUGGCAGGGCAGGAGACCAGAUCUGAACAGAGCCUGGAGGGUCUUAGUCAAGGAGGGCAGAAGAAGGCACACAGAGUGGGGCCGGUUGAGCCAAAGCCUGAGGCUCGGGGAGGGGCUGGGGAGCAUGGAGCCCGCCCCUAGCCUGCUAGCAGGAACCGUAGGAAUCAUGUCCGGAGCAGGGAACAGGGCUGAGUCUGGGCCUGUUAGCCUCAAGGCACAUAAGGCACAUAAGGGCCAGGCUGGGCUUUUCCUGGAGCCCUUGUCACUCUGUGGCUCUCAGUCUGGGGCCUUAAGCCUGACCCAGGGCCUUCUCCCAGGCUCUGUCCCUGGGCUCAUUAAGCCUGGUUGUUCCAGAAGCUCAGUACCCCACCAGGCAGCUCCUGCCUACACUGAUGCCCCUAGAAACCAGCCCUCCAGCCCCCCUCACAUGGACAGUGGUGCUACUGAUCACUGUGACCAGAACUGACCCACAGGACACAAGGAGCUAACAUGGUAGAGCUGUCACAGUUGGGCAGUGGUGUUACUGCCCCUCGAGGGAGUAAAAUGGCAGGCCUGUGGCUCCCUGCCAAGCUGUGCGCAUGGCAGACUGGGCUGCAUAGGAAAGGAAAGACCCUGCCAUUUAUCAAGCCCUGUGAAGGGUUCUGGGCACUUGGCAUUCUCUCAUUCCAUCCUCUAAGGCAGGUAUAAUCAGGCCCAUUUCACAGAAGAGGAAACAGGCCCAGAGAGGAAAAGUGGCUUGCCCACAGUCACAGAGCUCAUAAGCAGGGGAGCUGGGAAUUGCAGCCUGGGGUUUGUCUGAUUCCAAAUCCGGGGCUCUUUACCUCCCCACUUGGUAAUAAAGGAUGCUGGUGCUGCAUUCUGCUUCUGUUCUUGGCUUCCUUCUCCACAGAGCAGAGCGGUAGAACACAUAACCUCCCUGUGCCUCACUUUCCUCAUCUGUCAAGCAAGGAUGGUGACAGGGGCAAGUAUGCAGAGGCACAGUGCAGACGAUGCCACCAUGCUACCUGCUUGCUGAUUAAUGAUAGGGUGUCCAAGCCAAAAAAUAAAACUAAACAGUAAAAAAUAAUACAGCGUAAUAACGGCAACGAGAAAAAGCCUUUUUGAGCUGGGGCAUCUAACCAGGUGACCCCAACACCCUGUCUGGAGUGCCUGGUAAAGGAGCCCCUGUGAGAACAGGAAGGCCUCUCUUGACAGAGGGACACCAAGAAAAUGCAGCCAGGUCCAACAGCCCGCUGGCUCCCAUGCUGGGUACUGGCCAGGACACCAGGGCUGAGCGGGGCAUGCGAAGGGAGAUGAAAGGUGACUGCAGUGAGGAUUUGCCCUGCUUACUUCCCUCUGCAAGAUCCACAUCUCAGCUCCACAACUGGCUGGCUUGUGUGUGAGCCUCAGUUUUAUCAUCAAUAAAAUGGGGGAGUAAUCGUAUCCAGCUCAGAGGUUUAACUUCAGCUUAGUGCACGGAAGACGUGGUAAAUGGUCAUCGCUUCUCCCUUGAAUGGACCGAGGGCCCCCUGACUCCCGUAGCACUACCCCAUAAAGUCUAGGCUCCCGACUUCGGCAUUCAAGGUCUUCAGUGAUAAAUCCAGGCCCACCAUCCGCCCCCACACCAUCUUUCACACACCCCCUGCCCCCACCCUCGCAGGUCUCUUAUUUUAGCUGCACAUGCUCUCCCUGCCUCCUAAAUGCUUGCAGCCUUUGCUUUCCAUUUAUUGACGUCCUCGUGUUCUCUCUGAGCAGCCCUUCCCUGUGUCCCUAGCUGCAGUUCCUCAUUCUCUCCUCAGUGUCCUAAAGCUUCUUGUUAGAGCUGCUGGAGCCACUGCGUGUGUCUGAUAGCAAGUCUGCAGCCUCUGCUUCCCUUGCGGGACUGCAGGUGACUUGAAGGCACAGCCUGGUUCCCAGGAGGCUGGCUUUUGUGCCACUGGCCCUAGGGCUGAAGGCAGGCCAGCUCCAGCCACCUGCUGAGUCUCCUAAGUCCAGAGUGUCAGAGACCUCAAGAGACUCUCACCCACUGACCCACCUGGGGACUCUGGAAAUUGGGAUGUGACCAGGGAAGACCCUGUCACAGGGCCUCUGAAUUCAGCCUCAUCCCAAGUCCCCACUCUAUACUUGUGUCUGCAGAACAGCCUGCUUGGACACAGCUCGGUGGAAGAUGCGAGGGCAACGAUGGAGCUCUACCAAAUCUCCCAGAGAAUCCGAGCCCGCCGAGGGCUGCCCCGCCUGGCUGUGUCAAACUGAAGCCCCAUCCAGCCCGUUCCCCAGGGACUAGAGGCUUUUGGCUUUUUGGGACAGCAACUACCUUGCUUUUGGAAAAUACAUUUUUAAUAGUAAAGUGGCUCUAUAUUUUCUCUACGCCA